GAAAAGAGACCAAAGGCCGUUUGACAUGCUUCACAGAGAGUGGAGUAUUUCCAACAAAAGGACAUCACGACAAAUACAGUUUUACUACUGCUCGAGUCAUUGAUCGCAAUGCAAAAAUGACUGUUGUGCAGUGACAUUUUCAUAAAAUCAACUUAUUUUAUACUGAGAAGAAAUGGCGGAUUUUCCUGGGAAGGUCAGCACUCAGACCAGCUCACAAGAGCCUCAGAGAAGUUUUGCAAUCUCAUCAAGUGUUGACAUGGGUUUUAUCAAGAGCAUUCCUGGAAUACUGCUUAUAGCCGAGAUCGUUGUUGGAUUAUUAGUGUGGACGCUGAUUGCCAGUACUCCCCAUUACUUGAUACCUGCUUUAGGCUGGGUGUUGUUUGUGAGCAUUACUCUGUGGCUUCUGAGCAUUGCCCUGCUGGUUAUCCUGUUGCUGAGUCUUCAUCAGCGGUUACCCUCGGUGCCCUGGCCUUUGGUGCUGUUGGUAUUCUAUUCUGUCGCAGCUCUUUUGUAUCUCACUGCCUUUCUGGCUAAUGCUGCAACUGUUCCUGGUGGGUAUUACCAGGGUCAUCUAGGAGCCUCUGCGUUCUUUGGUAUAGUGGAGACCCUGUUAUACACAGCCAGCAGCUACUUUGCCUAUUUGGGCUGGAGGGGUGAAGGGCAGAACGCAGCAGGGAGCACGGUGCCCGUGUAGAGCAUCUCAUCGUCUGGAUAACACUCACAUUCUCUGUAUGAGAACACUUGGAAGAGGAUUAUUACUCAGGUUAUUGCUGAAACUCAUCUUCGGUGAUGUCUGACAGUCUUAAUGGUGCAAAGCGUAAUUGCUAUGGUUUAUAACAUGGACACUGUGUACUGAGAGUCACCAUCCUGCAUAUGCAGGGCUCAGAUUUUAUUUUUACAUUUUUGUUUUUGUUUUUUUUAAGAAAGAAAUGAAUUGUUCUAUGCAAAAGGGAUGCAUUUGUUUAAUCAGGAGUGACAGUGAUAUUCUAUUUUAAAUAAAUGCGUCCUUGGUGAAAUGAAAAGCAUUUUAAAAAGCCCAAGUUUUUAAACAAUAUACUGUUUUUUUAUACACACUGAACGACUUGAGAAAACAUGUAUUUAAGAGGUAAAGUUGUUGUCUUGGUGUAAAUCUGCACUUGAUGUAUUUGAUUGGAGCAUAAACAUAUUUGGAUAAAAUAC